AUGCCAUCCCUUGUUCGUAAGCUGCUCAUCUUUGCAGCUGUCGAUGGUCUCAUAUUGCAGCCAUAUCCGCCCCGCAACCAUGCGCCCACGACGCAGCAGGCCAUCAAGGUCGACUACAAAGGACAAGUUGGCCCGCUAUUGAAGGAUAGGCGCGAGGAAAAUAUUGCGCCAACAUCCGUUGAAGCGCAUGGCAUAAUCGGACUCCUCAAAGUCGCUACUUCUUAUUUCUUGAUUUCGAUAUCCGAUCGCGAGCAGGUCGCGAUAAUACGCGGCAGGCCUAUAUACAAAAUCACCGACGUCGCUCUCAUUCCGCUCUCCUCCCAAGCCGAUGCGGACAAGGCAAUCACGGCCACCCGGGAUCACUUGAGGCGUCGGAACAAGGUACCAGGUCUAGACGAUGACGAAACGGAUAGCGAAAGCGAUGACAACGCGCCCAGUGUGUCAGACUCGAUCGUGGAGGAAUCGCCGCCCGAGAACAACGAGGUCAAGAGUCCCGUGAUCGGCUGGACGGGUAGUCCGCACCCGAAAACAAGUGUCGCAGAGGAUGUCAUGCAGCGCAAAGGUGUCUACGGCAGGUUCGCAGACAAAUGGUUCUCGCGCAAAGGAUGGAGUGCAGACAAUAGACGUCUGCAAGGCUUCAGCUCGGAAGAGAAUCUGGCUGCCAAGAACGCCGCCUCAAUGCCAAAAACAGAAGAGCAGCCCAAGGGUGAGUCAAAGCCAGACGCAAUACCGACCGAGGAUGCGAACGUCCCAGAACCAGUCAGCCCUGAGGCGAUACCAAAGGCGCUCGGCGGGGAGAAGAACACGACGACCAUAGUAUUGCUGCCAAAGAUCUUGCAAACGACUAAAAUGUAUUUCUCCUCUGGUAACUUCUUCUAUUCGUACGACUAUGAUAUCUCACAUGGCAUUGGUCAGCAGCAGUCCACCCCUAGUGUGGCACUUUUCAAGCAAUUCGACCCUUUGUUCUUCUGGAACCAGCACAUCGUUUCGCCUUUUAUCGACGCUGGGCAGCAUAGUUUUGUUCUCCCCAUCAUCCAGGGUUUCGUGGGACAGCGGUCCUUCACUAUCAAGGCCGCGGAUGACAAUUCGAGCAGCCUAGUCGUGGACCCUCAUGCGACUCCAGACGACAUACAAUUACAGUCUUGGCAUGAGAAGCAGCAACAAGAUUCGCAGUCUGACCCAGUAGAAAGUUAUCAAGAUCCCACUGGGGAGGCUUCCCUUGCAAGUGGCAAAGACUUUGUACUGACACUCAUUUCGCGGCGGUCUAUGAAACGCGCCGGACUUCGAUAUCUGCGUCGCGGGACUGAUGACGAGGGCUGCACUGCAAAUACCGUCGAAACGGAGCAGAUUCUGUCGACACCGACGUUCGACACCACGCAAGACAAGAUCUUCUCUUUCACGCAGCUCCGAGGGUCAAUACCAUUAUUCUUCUCACAAUCACCAUACAGUCUUAAGCCUCAGGUCACAACCUGGGGCUCCUUUGAAACAAAUGCUCUAGCCUUCAAACGACAUUUCUAUGAUCUUUCGUCGCGUUACGGGGAUAUCUAUUGCGAUUCGCUGAUUGACAAGCAUGGCACAGAAGCGAAGAUUGGUGAGCUCUAUGAGCAGCAUGCGAAAUCUCUCAAUGAGAAUGGUGGUAUCGAUGGCAAGGGCAAGCAACUUGGGUUCGAGUGGUUCGAUUUCCAUAACGUCUGCCGUGGGAUGCGUUUUGAGAACGUAUCUAAAUUGAUGGAUUCCAUCGAGCCAUUCAUGAAAUCUUCCAGCUGGGUCGAGAUUUCGAACGAUCAAAUACAGCAACGGCAAUCCGGUAUUCUACGAACAAAUUGCAUGGACUGUUUGGAUCGGACCAACGUCGUUCAGUCUGCUUGCGCCAGAACGGCUCUUGAGGCACAGUUGUCAAUCGGCAGCUAUAACAUCGAUCUCCAGAACGACCCUAGUACUUCAUGGUUCAACACGCUUUGGGCUGACAAUGGCGACGCUAUCUCGCGACAAUAUGCUGGCACUGCUGCACUAAAGGGCGACUUCACGCGUACACGAAAACGCCAGAUCACCGGGGCUCUUACCGACUUUGGACUUACAUUGACGAGAUACUACAACAACAUCGUCAACGACUACUUUGCACAAGCUCUUAUUGAUUAUCUCCUUGGUCGCGUGACUGAUACUAUUUUCGCGGAAUUCGAAGCCGACAUGAAAAGCUCGGACUACUUCAUCGAUGUACGCAAGGUGCGCCAACAAGCUAUCGAGCGAUCAGCCGGUAUUGUCAUUGAGGACCACGACGAAGACCUGGUUCAAGGAUGGACCCUCAGCGUACCAACAGCAGCGAACCAGGUCAAAACUACUACCUUUGAAGAGGCUGUUCUUCUCCUCACCGAGAAGGCUUUGUAUUUCUGUCGUCUAGACUGGGGUACGGAGAAGGUACGCGAGUUCGAGCGCAUUCCACUCGAGAACAUACAGGGCCUCAUGCGCGGCACCUACGUCACCUCGACUCUAGCUCAGCGAUACACCGAUACCGACAAGAACAUCGGGCUCAUCAUACAGUACCGAGCCGACACCAAAGGCGAGCUAGUACGACGAAACACACGAGCGCUGGAUUCAGCUUCGAUCAACGGGGAGUCCAGUGAGGAGCCCGCCAAGAAAGACCAAAAGGACGCUGCCGGUCGCUUCCUAGCAUUCAAGGCAUUGCCAUCGCGAAGUAGCGUCCCUUCAUCUCCUGGUGAAACACCAGAGAACGAGGGCGAGGUUGUCAAGUCGGUUUGCGAUGAGAUUGUACGCGUAGCCAAUAAGGCGAGGAAGGGAGGUGUCGACGAGGAUAGAGUAUUGGAGGUCAAGGAGAAGGAUAUUAUUAGCUUAGCAGACGCAAAGAAGACUACAGGGUACCUAGAACAGUUUGAGUAUUCUCUAAAGAAGCUAGUCUGGGGUUAGAGGUGGGUGCUUCGCUAGCGCUUUCAUAGAACGGACGCUUUAUGUAUAUAAUUUGGUUUAUUGUAGAUGGCUCUUGAUCACGUGGAAGCCUGGCGUAUUACCUUUUGUGUAUCUGGAAGGUGGGGCCGGGUAAUUUGGGCAAGCGCGACAGGCGAUGAGGAACAGCCUGUGGUUAUCUACAGACCUCUCUACGUCCUUUCAUUCGACAUAGCUUGUACUUUGCGUCGUCACGCUGCAUGCAGUGCUUU